AUGUUAGGAAGCAGUACAUACCCAAGAGAACAAUUACAUUUCCAGAACCAUCAUCAUAUACCACCGCAUCAUCCUCAGCAGCAACAACCACAACAACCACAACAGCAGACACAUUUGUUGUCUUUAUCUCAUAAACAAGAAACGCAAUCUCCUGCAACAAGGACACUUGAUUCAAUCUUAGGUGAUCAAAUGCAUUCGCUACAUUCAUCCCUGUCUUCUCUGCGACAACUGCAGAUGCAACAACAACUGCAACAACAACUGCAACAACAACAACAACAACAACAACAACUGCAACUGCAACUGCAACUGCAACUGCAGCAACAACUGCAGCAAUUACCACAUCCACAUCUACCAGGAAUAGCUUCAUUACCUUCAAUUUCAGCUCAUCAUUACCCUCCUCAUCGCCCUUUUAAUACCCUGCAACUGCCACAGCAACAACAACAAUAUCCCCAAUCACAACGAUCACAAUUGAACUCAACUUUACCUCCUCCUCCACCACCACCAAUAAUAUCUUCACAACAUCACUACCCUUUACCUUCAUUAAGAGCACCACCACCACCACUCACUAGUAAUGUCAACAAUGGCAGCAGCAAUGGUCAUAGUCCUCACAGCAACAACAACAACAACAACGGUGUUUUGUCUUCAUUCCCCCAAUUGACUCCAACAGUAACUAAUGCCACUCACUCAACUGUAUCAACCAUAUCCACCAUAUCAACCAUCUCAUCUUCUUCUUCAACAGAGUCAGCAGCAUCUUCUUCGUCAAACAACACUAAUGGAUCCAAACCAAAAAGUAAACGGUCGAGUAAAGGUAGAGUAUUUCAAUGUACUGGAUACCCUGGUUGUAAUAUGUCAUUUACUAGAAGUGAACACUUGGCUAGACAUAAACGAAAACAUACUGGUGAACGCCCCUUUACAUGUCCUUAUUGUUCCAAGAACUUCAGUAGAUUGGAUAAUUUACGCCAACAUAAACAAACGGUUCAUGCUUAUGAAACAUAUUUGACUAAGGAUAAAAGUGAUAGUAAAUUAUUAAUUGAACGAUCAAAAAUGAAGAAGAAGUUGAAACAAAUUGAACAAAAGAAGAAUGAAGGAGUACUGCAACUGCAACUGCAACCACAACCACAACCACAACAACUGCAACUGCAACUGCAACUGCAGCCACAACCACAGUACAUUUACGGACACCAUUCCCCAUUACCACCAUCACAAAACUCAUUUCCACCAUUUGUUCAAUCUCAAUUUAGUAAUAAUCAACAAAUGUAUAUGCCAGGACAGUAUCCUAUUCAAGGACAACAGCAACAGCAACAGCAGCAACCUUCCCAACAACAACACCCAUUGACACCACAAGCUCAACCUUUUUCAAGUCAAAUGCCAAUGCAGGGUAAUUACACUAAUAACCAGUAUAUGAUACCUCAACCACAGCAACAACAGCUACAACCUCAGGUUACUCAAAGUUCUCCUGAAGGACCACUAUCGCUGUCACAAUCGUCAUAUCAUAAGCCAUUGCCUCCAUUGCCUCACCAAGCUGAACCUCAAAUACUGAGUGAUCAACUGCAGCAGUACACCCUGACUGAAGACAAUACAACAACAGCAGGAACUUCUUCCUCCCAUUCCGAAGAAUUAAAACUCCCCACUCAUUCGUUUAAACCAAAAAAGAGACCACAGCCAUUAUCAUUACGUCAUUCAACCUAUGAAAGUGAUGGAGAUGAAGAUAGAGAUAGAGAUAGAGACGGAGAUGGAGAUCUUGUCCUUGGCGAUGGAGGAAUCAAACUGGCUAGAAUACCGGUACCUAGAUCAGCAAUGAGCGAAGUGCAUGUGGUUCCACCUGCUCCUUCUAAUGGCGGUGGCGGUGGUGUCAGCAGCAUUAGUGGAUUGAACAAUAUUGGUGCUAAUUUCCCACCACCACCUAAAUCUGCUUCAUCGGUUGCAUCUUCUACGCCUAAUUUAGUGAGUCCAUUAUCACCAAUGUUUCAUAUGUCAUUUGGGGCAAAUAAUCGGGCACCAAUGCAGCAGCAACAACUGCAGCAACAGCAACAACUGCAGCAACAGCAACAACAAAGUUUAUUACAUCCCCGAACAGCAGCAACAUCGAUGAAGUCACCAUUGUCGCAGCAAUUUGGCCUGACAUCUACCCCCACAACCCAAGCACAUUCUAAUGCAAAUGCAAAUGUACAAUCCAAUUGGAAUAACAAUGCUAACAACUAUGACGCAAACGACAACCAGAACAACAACAAUGGACUACAGGGUGUUACUAGUUUGCCAUCGAUCAAAAAUUUGCCUAUACCUAGUAACUUCCAUUCAUCAUUUUCAGCCAAUGCUACUAAUAUGAGUACAAGUGCCAGUUUUGGAGAAGUUAGACAAAGAGAUAGCGGUCAAGAUGUUGUUAUGAAUGGACAUAAUGUAGGUAGUGUGGGGAGCUUGAUUCAUAAUGACAACACAACUGCAAAUGCCAAUAUUACUACUAUGAGUACAUCAGCUGGAGCUGGAGCUAGUGAUACGUCUUUUGCUUCUUCUUCCUCUUCUGCGGGAGGUGGCAAGAGUAAUUGGUUGAAAGGGGUACUAAAUAAUGAAGAAAAGAGGUGA